AUGUUUCCUUUCUUCUUUGUCUGGUCUCUGUUCAUGGGUACUGUCCUCUGUCUUUCUUCCUCACCUAGAACCCAGUCAGGUAUCGAGUUCGUGCCUGGCUCUGCGCUGCCUCUCCUUCACCUGCCCUACGCCACAUACAGAGCAGCCAAGUACGACGACGAGAUUGAUGUAUAUUAUUUCAAGAAUAUCCGGUUCGCCGCCCCCCCCACGGGAAAGCUUCGAUUCGAGAAACCGGCUUCUCCCAAGCAAGAAACCACCCUCCAGACAGGCGAGUAUGGGCCCUCGUGCAUCCAGAACGUACCGCUCGGCCUGUUCAACCUGGGCAUUCUCGACAAGACACCCCUGGGCGACAUGAUCGACGGCGGGUUCUCGCGUUUCGCAGGCGGGACGGACGAAGACUGUCUCUUCCUCGACGUGCAGGUUCCUGGUCGGGCGAUCCGCGCGGGCCAAGUCUCUUUUAACCUGCCUGUCGCAGUGUACUUCCACGGAGGAGCGUACACGUUUGGCACGAAGAACCAUGUCAGCACCAAGGGGAUCUGGAGGCAGGCGGGCGAGGAUUUGAUUAUCGUAGCGGCCAAUUAUAGACUCGGCGCAUAUGGUUGGCUUGCAGGGACGUCGAUGGAGAACCAAGGAACCCCCAACCUGGGCCUAUACGACCAGCGGGCCGCGCUGCAAUGGGUGCAGAGCUAUAUCGGCCUGGUGGGCGGCGACAAGCGCGACGUGAGUGCCUGGGGCGAGUCUGCGGGUGCCGGGUCGAUCAUGCACCAUCUCGUUGCGUUCGGGGGCGCCCAGGAUCCCCUCUUCGCCAAAGCGGUGCUCAUCAGCCCGGCCUUCCAGCUGCAGUAUGACCGUGCGGGGUCGCUAGAGGACAGUUUUCGUCUCUUUGCGGCCGCCGCGGGCUGUCCGUCGGGUAGUCUGGCGUGUCUUCGAGAUGUGGACUCCAGGACCCUCCGCAAGGCGAAUGCCCAGCUUAUCGACAGCGCUGCGGGGGGGACGUCUGUGAUUGGACCUGCCAGCGAUGGAAGCUGGGUGAGACAGUUGGCCGGGUUGGAAUUUGAAGCUGGCCACUAUUGGAAACAGCUCGAGUCGCUAGUCGUCACGCACACGUCGGACGAAGCCAUCCUGUUCACGCCGCUGCGCGUGUCGACCGACGCCCAGCUGGAGAGUCUGGUGGAAUCCAUCAUCCCGGCAUACGCCAAACCGAGCGUCGCCCAGUCCAUCCUGGACAAGUACGGGGGCACCGCCGCCAGCCCGCGAAGCCGGUACAAGGCGUUUGUCCGCGACGCGACCUUCACCUGCAACGUGCGCACUCUGCUGCAGGCGUACGAGCAGCGCGUGUGGAGCAUGCAGUACUCCGCCUCCCAGGGGUUUCAUAGCUGUUACCUGUGGGCGUUGUUCUUCGACCCCAGCGCCUCGUUUAACCUGUUUGGUCUACAUAUCAAGCUCAACCUGCUGCCCUUGCUGGGGAAUGUCGCCGAGCGUCUCCAGGGAUACCUGACUAGCCAUGCCAUACAUGGUGACCCGAACAUUCGCAGCAGGAGUGCGGCGGCGGGGUCGUCCCCGCGCUGGCCGCCCGCCCGUCCAACCAACGAUACCUACCAGGAUGUGCUGGAUGUAGGUAACCUGGGGUUCCGUCUGAUCACCAACUCACAGAUCUCCGACGACAGCGAUGCCCACUGCGGCUUUGUCUCGCAGAUGAGUCGGGCUCUGGUGGAGUUGGGAGGGUACGGCGUUGACGUGGAGGAGGGCAUUGAGGACUUUAAAGAUAGCGCCGCUCUGGCGUUUCUGAUGGGCCAUGCCCCCGUUUCGCCCUUUGCCUCUCUGAACUUUGGCACGGCACACGCUCUCCGGCUUUCUAACUAG